UGGAUAAAGCAUGGAGGAACAGAUGGACCAAGAGCUGCUAUGCAUGCUGACGUUAUUCAUUCCUAGCUUCUAAUUUUGUGAGAGCUUUGUCUUGUUUGGAAAUAACGGUCAUGGCUUCCCUACUCCCUUCAACUGCAACCACACUUCAACAUAAUCACACAAUCUGCUUCUCUCCUCUGAAACCCACCACCCCAAUUAACGUUUCCUUCUCAACGAACCGUUUCAAGAGUAGCUCUGGAAAGUGCAAUGCACUUUUUGAUAACUUCCCCAAAGACUUGUUGGAGACCACUUUUCACGUGGACCAGUUUCCUGUGUUCCAAUCAGUGUUAAUGAAGUUUCAGAAUGUAACUGAAGACUUAUCAGACAUGCAGAGGUGGGGGUUUGUGAUAGUUGCAGGGCUAACAUGGGCUUAUUUAACUGCAAGGCCCGGUGUUCUUGUUGGUGCCAUUGAUGCAUUCCUUUUGGCUCCUAUCCAAUUGGUUUUGGACAGUUUAUCCGGAAGGAGAAAUCUGAAGAGGACUGAUUUUCUUAUUGGAGAUAAGCUAGGAGAAGGGUCAUUUGGUGUUGUUUAUUCAGGUGUUUUGGUUCCAAAGAAUGUAGAUGUACAAGAGUGGAUGCAGAAAAGUGGAAGAGGAAAGGUCACAAAGUUGGAUGCCAAAUCUAAGGAUAAAGUCAUUCUUAAGAAGGUAAAGGUUGGGAUCGAAGGGGCAGAGGAAUUUGGAGAUUUUGAGGAGUGGUUCAAUUACAGACUCUCUAGAGCAGCACCUGAAACAUGUGCUAAGUUUCUGGGAAGUUUUGUAGCCGAUAAAACCAAUUCACAGUUCACAAAAGGUGGAAAAUGGCUUGUUUGGAAGUUUGAGGGAGGAAGAUCUCUUGCUGAUUACAUGGCUGAUCAAAGAUUCCCUUCAAACUUAGAGUCUACCAUGUUUGGACGUGUAUUGCAAGGUGUAGACUCUUCUAAACGAAAUGCAUUGAUCAUCAAGCAAAUAAUGCGCCAGAUCAUUACAUCUCUUAAGAAAAUUCACGACACAGGCAUAGUUCACAGGGAUGUUAAGCCUGCCAACUUGGUGGUAACAAAACGGGGCCAGAUUAAACUCAUUGAUUUUGGUGCAGCAACAGACCUUAGAAUUGGAAAGAAUUAUGUUCCCAAUUGUACCCCUUUGGAUCGUGACUACUGUCCACCUGAACUAUAUGUGCUACCUGAAGAAACACCAAGUCUUCCACCAGAGCCAAUUGCAGCUUUCCUUUCACCAAUCUUGUGGCAGUUAAAAAGUCCUGAUUUGUUUGAUAUGUAUUCUGCUGGCAUUGUACUCCUGCAAAUGGCAAUUCCAACCUUAAGAUCUCCAGCUGCUUUGAAGAAUUUUAACUUGGAGAUAAGAACAUGUGGAUAUGAUUUGAACAAAUGGAGGGCAUCUACCCGCAUGAGGUCUGACUUCCAAAUUCUUGAUAAUGACUCUAGUAGAGGGUGGGACUUAGCAACAAAGCUUAUCUCCAAAAGAGGUUCCCAAAGACGUUUAUCUGCGGCUGCUGCUUUGAGGCAUCCUUAUUUCCUUCUAGGCGGUGAUCAGGCCGCUGCAGUCCUUUCGAAAUUAAGCUUAAGCACAAAGUGAUCUGCUUAGAAAUGCCAUGGAGAGCUCUAUGAUAUGGAUAUAAUGGCAUCCAUCUAAAGACCAACUAGUCAAUAAAUUGACGACCAGAAAUUUUAGGAAUUUGCUGCCUUUUUUCUGUUUAAGCCAUAGACAAUAUGAAAGCAAACUCUGUUCCAGUAAUGUUUUAGAAGGCAAAAACUACUGUUGCCUGCUAGAAAGCACAAUACAAUACAGCAGCUUACUCAAACUCAGGAAGGAGUACUCAGUGGUAACAAAGGCUGAAUCACCCUUCUCUCAUGAUUUCUUUCUUCAAGAGGUAAAUGUUCAAAGCUGGGCCGGACAUGACCAGGUAUGUCAAUGAGCUUGGAACUAAAGGAAGCCACAAUCUAUUGACUUUUCUGAUAUGUAAUGUUUUAUUUAUUUGAUAAAAAUUACUUUCAAGAUUGGAUGGUUUAUUAAAUUUCAUUUGACAUUUUCAUUCAGCCAGUGCUCUUGUGCGAAAUCUGGCUUCUCCAUAUUCCAAUAUAAAACUUGUUAUGUUUUAUUGUUUUCCACAUCAGAACAGUCAACCAGUCAUACUCAACACCUACAAUGCGACCUUAUUUAUUUGACCAA